UUGAGGGGGGAUUGAGAGAUAAAAGAACAAGAGUGAGGAGAAUGCAUGAAUGAAUGAAAAUAUCCUAGUAAAACAGAUGAAAAUGUGUAAUAUCCCAAUUAAAUUACAUCUGUAUUGUUCUGACACUUUCCUCUUUAUCUUCUUUUUAUUUUCUCUUUCUGGAAACUGACCUUACUUCUGUUUUCUCCUUCUGCCAUCUUCCACUUCUUUUUUACUUUAUCUAUUUUCUUUGCUAAGGAUACCUAAUGAUGUCCUGAGAUUAUUUCCUAGCAACACUAGUUGUAAGGUCAGAAAUCUCUGUUUUUUUAGAGAUCUCUGAUUUUGGGAUCUCAGAUAUCUGAGUAUUUGUAGCAGUAUAUUUCAAGCAAUGAUUUUUCUUCCUUUGACAAAUAAUAAAAUAUUAUGAAAGCUGGUAUAAAGAUUAAUAAUUAAAAGAAAUACAAAUAGCUAUGACUAAAUUCUAGCAAUAUAUGAUUCAUAGAUAAAUCUUGCUUUCUAUUUAUGGGAACUCGGGAUAUGGGAAACUAACAAGUAUAUGACCCCAAAUAUUAACUAGUAAUUUACACAGGUUGGAAGGGAAAAGUUCAAAAUCCAUUCUCACUUAUCUCCUAUAUAAACCACUCACAAUUUCAGCUCACCAGCUGCCUCUCAUAAAUGCAGUAGUCUUUAAGUGCAAUUGGCAGACUGCAUAGAUUUCUACUUUCCUCAAAAAAUGGUGGAUUGCAUAUGUAUAUUUACAAGAAUUCUGUUCAUCUUCUGCUGUUUUCUGACUAUACAUUGUGCACAACCCAACUGUACAUCUGUGACUGACUUUGAUGAUUGUCCAGGGAAUAUAACAGAUUUCUGUCCAGAGAAUAUUGUUUGUGCAUGCAAAGAUGGAGAGCCUUUUUGCAAAUGUCCAAACUUCAGAGGCCGGUGGGGAAACUAUUGGUUCAUGGGAGCUAAAUGUGACCAGCUCUGGAAUACCCUGGAUCUGAUUUUAGUAGCAACAUUGCCUGGAAUAGGAUUGGCUUUAAUAGUUGGUGUGACAAUCCAGACAAUCCACUACUGUAAAAAGAAAUCAAAGAAGAAUUUAGAUAAUAACCGAGAACAGAAGAGUUUGUCUGGACUUCGACCUCAGCAUAAUUCUGCAUAUGUUUUCGAAACUAAUUUGAGGCCUCCUCAACCUGAUCAAGACCAGGUAAACACUGAAACCCAUUUAACAAAUGAACUAAAUUUACAGAAGACAGAUUUUUCUACACCAGGAGUUCCAAAGUCAAGCUACAUUCAAAAAGAGAGACAACACAUUGGUUAUUCAAGUUCUGAAGAGCCAGGAAUUCCUUAUAGAAUAGGACGUGUGCAGAUGAAAUCCAACUAUUAAGUUCCCUGUAGAGAAAAAUAUAUAUGUACAAUAAGAUACAUGAUCAUCUGAUCAUUUUUAAAGUAUUCUUGUAACACCUUAAGAAAAUAUUAUGAUUUAUCUGUGCUCUAAAUACUUUACUUUUCUUUCUGCAUCAGUGUUUCCCUUUAUAUCUUAAACAUUUCCUACCUGUCCUCUUCACAGAGGAAAAUUUUCAUCUCCAAUAUCCAACUUCAAUAACUUACCUGUUAUAGCAGAUCCAUGUUACCUCCAAAAUUUGGUAUAAUACUUGUUUACUGAUUCAUGAUAUGUAACUUUGUAAAGUGUUCAGUGAGAUGCAUAAUAUAUUGAUUGCAAAUUACAAAAAAUACUGAGUACUUUUGUAAAUUACAGUUAUGGAAUAAAUCUCAAGAACUGCAUCAAAGCAUCAGUAUACAACUAAUGAAUUAUAUUUGAAAUAUGCAAUUUGAUUAUAAAUUAA